AUGUCGUCCAUCCAGUCUGAUGGCGCUGCUGGCGCCUCCAUCGACCUGACGCCCCCCAAGAGCAGUGGCGACAGUGACGCAGCGAAGUUGUUGGACUCUGAGGACUCGUCUAUGACGGACGUCAGCUCAAUGGGUGACGGGAUUGACGUCGAGGAUCCAAUGGAGGAUGGUGGUGGAUGCGCAGAGGACAUGUGGGAGGACUCCCCCGAGCCCCGCGCCGGCGCGCUGGACGACGCGAGCAUGGCCCCUUUUGCGAGCAGCGACGACAGCGACGAGAGCGUUCCCCUCGGCACGAACAAGCAGCGUCAGACGGAUAGCUUGCGGGCCUCGCUCAGUGUCGACAUCGAGACUGGGUUUGACCUGCGUCGAGUUGCUGUCCAAAAAGCAGUCAUGGCAGAGCUGGAAAGGCGCGAUCCGAAGUGCGUGGUCAUCAGUCCACCGUGCACGUGGUUCAGCCAGCUGAUGAAGCUCUGGAACGAAAAGCGGAUGGACCAGGACAAGCGCAGGAAGCUUGAGGCCGAUGCCAUGACCAUGCUUAACUUUUCGAUGGCCGUCGCCAAGAGGCAGCAGCAGAAAGGGAAAGCGUUCGUGUUCGAACAUCCUCACCGGGCAACCUCCUGGCAGCGCGGGUCUGUGAGGGAGUGCAUGGGGCUGAGCGGCGUUCGCACAUACCAGUUCGACCUUUGCAGGUAUGGGCUUGCAAGCCCUAUACACAACAUCCCCAUGAAGAAGGCAACUACGUUCAUGACCAAUAUGCCAUCAUUCAGCGCGUUCAGCAAUGUGAAGUGCAAUUGCACCAAGCAGAGCUGGGACGUUCCAGGUUUCAAGAAGACUAUGGUCAAGCACCGCCGCGUGCAGGACAACGAGGGCCCUUUCAAGCUCAGCAAGUUCUGCCAGAUCUACCCAGUUCCGCUCGUCAACGAGAUGGUCAGGUGCAUGCGCAUCCACAUCGCCUCGCAGCCUUGA